GACUCGCUCAAACGGUCCGUACAAACUCACCAAUUCUUCCUAACAAAAUGGACCUUUCCAAUAUUUCUAACUAAUAACCGUUAAUUUAAUUUCUCCAUUUUCGUUCCCUUCCCCAAAGUUACUUUCCGACGAUGCCAUCCGAAAACGACGACGCCGCCGGCGACGGCCCCACCGCCACCGACGACGAUAAAAAAACCGCGGCCGCGCCGCCGACCGAGAGCCGCACGCCGCUCGAAAUCCUCCGCGACGACGGCGGCGCCGGCAGCCAAAAGGAACGCGACAAGCUCCGCCGCCGAAACUCCGGCAAAGGCGCCGCCUGGACGUCGAGCGUCCACAUUCCGACGUCGGACAUUCCCCUGAACAGCAAGAGCCGCAACAUUUCCCGCCAGGCGUCGAACAUCCUCGCCGGCCAGACCGCCGAUCCCGACAUCUCCGCCGUGCCGGACUCCAUCUCGCCGGCGAUCUCCGCCGCCGACAAGCCGGCCAAGCGUCUCGUGAGGGAAACAAACCUCGACGAAGAAGACGACGACGACGACGACGACGAAGAAAACGACAACGACGGCGACGGAGAAUAUUCUCCGGCGGCGGCGUCAGGGCAGCAGGCGGCGGAGCCGGUGAGGAUGUCGCUGAUGUCGCUGCUGGCGGAGACGGACGAGCAGCUGGGGUCCGGCGGGCUGGCGUACAUGAUGGAGGACGACGACGAGGACGACGACGACGACGGCGACGGCGAGGACGACGGCGGCGGCGGCGAGGGGGCGGAGUAUAAUAGCUGCUGUGUGUGUAUGGUGAAGCAUAAGGGGGCGGCGUUUUCGCCGUGCGGACAUUCGUUCUGCAGAUUGUGUUCGAGGGAGAUGUGGGUCGAGAGAGGUAACUGUCCUCUCUGCAAUAAUUACAUACUCGAAAUUCUAGACGUAUUUUGAUUUUUUUAUUUUUUUUAAAAAAUGUUUUAUUUUAUUUUAGGGUUGAUUAGGUUCAUUGUACGAUGAUUUGUUGAUCGUGUAUGUUUGGGAAUAAAGUGAGGGAUUAUGGGUUGUGUAUUUUUUGGAUGGGAAAAAAAGAGGUAGGGUUUGGAUAUGCCUUGU